GAUCGUUCUCCUUCUCUCUACUCUCUGUAGAAAUAACCUUCAAAUUCAACAGAAAAACUGUUAAAACUCUAAUUACCUUAAUUAUUAAAAAAAACUCUAAUUUUGAAAAUGGAAAAUACUACCCCUAACGAUGAAAUUUUAGAACUCAAAUGCCAGUUCGAUACUCUUACAAGACCUGACGGCUCAGUUCUAUUUUGUGAAGGAGAAACAACAGUUUUGGCAGGAGUUUAUGGUCCAGUUGAAUGUAAAGGAUCAAAAUUGUUAACAGAUAAAGCAUUCAUAGAGAUGAAUUUCAGACCAAAAUCUGGUCUUCCUUGUGUGCAAGAUAAAUUUUUUGAGGCAACUCUCAAGACUACAUGUGAAGCUGCAUUAGCAGCUGCAUUACAUCCUAGAUCGUCUAUUGUAAUUACUAUACAAGAAAUGCAUAACAAUGGCCAGUUAUUAUCAUGUGCUAUCAACGCCACAUGUCUAGCCUGUUUGGAUUCAAAUAUAGAUAUGAAGUUUUUAUUUGCAUCAACAACAUGUUUUUUGACUACUGAGGGCAAUCUAGAAAUGAAAACACCUAAAAAGAAUUAUAUUCAAGCGAUAUUCGUAUUUACUUUUGAUAGUAUGAAGGGUCAUUUACUAGUUUCACAUACAGAGGGGGUUUUUUCUUUAGAAAAUUAUAAAUCAGCCUUGGAGAAAUGUAGGGAGCAGAGUAAACAUGUUUUUAAAUUCAUGAAAAAUCAAAUAACACGCCGAAUUUGUACUUGAGGCUGUAAUAUUUUGAACAAAUUGUUGUAAAUUGAUUUUUUCUUAUUGAUAGUCUAUUUUCUUAUGAUAUUUGAA